AUGGCUUCUUCUAUGCUCAAGUCUACCAUGCGCAAGCGGUUGGCCUCCGACCAAUCUGCCACGCCUCAAGACGGUACAACUAGCACCACAGCUCCCCGUUCAACAAGAUCUCGAAAUGCCGGUAGACCGGAGACAGGCCCGGAGGACGCUGGUCCUUCUUCAGCUGGUGGUCGUCAGGCGUCGCUCACACGCAAUGCCACCAGGAUUACACUACACAAUCCCAUGUCGAAUGUUCCCAUGCACGCCUUCCUAUACACUGAUACGUGGACCCAGCCUGGUUGGAUCGAGAGUCAACCGCAGGACUUUCUGCGCCAGGCGCUGUUGUGGCUGCUCACCUACGAGAGAGUGUCGAAAGCGCUCAAUAUCGCGUACAAGGCCAGACUUGUAGAUCUCGAGGCCGAAGCACGCAAUCGUGGCGAAGGUAACGGCGCGGAGAACGAAGGUGACGUGCAAGAAGCACUACAGCCGUACGUCCGUGACGAAUACAGUCACAUUAUGGAUAACUUCAUGGAGGUCCACGGCACAAACAUCCGCACGGACAUUGUCACCCAUGGAACCGUCAAUGCGGGUGCAAACCUGCACGAUCCGUUCACCGUCACCUUCACCUGCGAGACGGUCAAGGACCUGAUCGAGAAGCACAGCCGGGCGGCUUUCGACGCCGGCAGGACCCUGGAAUGGCAAUCUGGCCAUACCGCUGGCUUCAGAGAUGGAGUCCAGCACACGUUUGAUAACUAUCGCAGGGUCGCAGAAGCCCUGAAUCCUGAGCUCCCAGUGGGAGACGAGGAGGUUCAGCUGGACCAGCAGCAGCCCGAAGAGGGCUCCGAGAGCGAGAAUCCGGCCGCCAAACGCCGCCGCACACGUGCCUCCACCACCACCACCACCACCACCACCAACGAGGACCCCCUCCCCGUCUUCCCACCCUUCCCAGCCCCCGACGUCCCGCUCCGAGAGGGUCCCCUCUUCAACAUCACCCGGGAAGAGGCGCUCGGCCAGUCAAGGGCCGACAUAGCGGCCGUUCAGGCCCUGGAAGACGAGAGAGUGGUGAGCAUGGUGCGGGAGGUGUGCACGGAGCAUCGCAAGACGUGGGCGGAGAACAAGGGGUUGAGGGAGAGGAUGUGGAUGCUUGGUGGGCUGGAGGAAGGGGAGGUGGAGGCGAGGGAGCUGGUGGAGGGGAGAUAUCCGGUGCGGGCGUGA